AUGCUAAAUGGAUGCACGCCAGCAAACAACUUACAGUAUAACAGUAUACAUAUUCCAGAGAUUAUUACAAAGUGUGAUAUGUCGAAUAAGCAGUUCACUAAUCAACCCAUGCAAUGACACUGGUAUAGCGAAACAUAAGCCAAUGAAAAACAUGAAUUCUAUUAUCAAGCCCACACUUGCUACUUCCUUUAUGUGCUUUUGAGCAUCACAAUUUGUGGACCUUCCUUACUAACUAUGAUGCUGCAUGAGGGGUGGAGCAAAAGUUUAUUUUGGGUUGCAUAAAUUCUCAUCUUUGGGAUAUUCAAGCUUUAUUGACCAAGGAUACACAAUGGAGUUCUACACAUCAGCUCUGUGUCUUGUCUUAUACAGUUUUGCCACAUCUUCUGCUAAGGAAAGUCUCCAUCAUGACAGAGGGACACACAGCAACGCACAUUUCAAUGAACAGAUGGAAAGCAUCAGCAAGAAUCAUCUGCACUGGUGUGGAAAUGUGUCUUACAAGAUUUCAGAUAGUUCCUGCUGUAAUGGUAAUAUAACUCCAGGAUUAAGCCAGCUGGUGGCUGACUGCUGUGGUUCUGUAGCUUACAAUCCACUUAAUGAGAUCUGCUGUAAUGUCAAUAUUCUGACUCGAAGCAGCACUUACGAAAAAUGCUGUGGCGAAGACCUGUACCUGACAACAACUCAUAUGUGUUGUGGUAGUAACAACAUAUUUAAACAGAAGGAAAAUCUUUCUUGUUGUGGCAAUACAACAUUUGACAAGACAACCCACUGCUGCUGUUUUAUAACUAGAAAUAAUGCACUAGAAGCAAUGCCUAAAAAUGAAACUUGCUGUCCGAAAGCAACAGAACGUCAGCAAGCCCCUCUUCCCAUCCGCACUCUCCCCAAAUUAUCAGACUUGAAAUGUGGAUCAAAAACCUACAAUCCCCAUAAACAAAUGUGUUGCUCAGGGAAUCUGUAUAUGGCAUCACCACUUACAAAGUGCUGUGGUGAACAUGCUUACACUCUGUCAGAUGACAGUGUGCUGUGCUGUAAUGGAGUCCUUCAUCGCAAUGUGCCUGAGCAGUCAGAGUGUGUUGGAGGUGUAAUAUAUACUCCAGCAAACACUACUUGCCACAUGUCGACCCGUCCACGUCUUGGCGAGCACUGCUGUGGAGGACAAACCUUCAAUCCUCGCACACAAAUUUGCUGUAAUGGACGCAGCCACAACAAGAUGAAUGGCAAUUUCUGUUGUGGUUCAGAAGUCUAUGACCACAACAACCAGUUCCUGAGAUGCUGCUCAGGUCAUCUCUACAACCUAACCCAGUCACGUGGAAAAGCAGAGUGCUGUGGAAACCUAUUGCUGCAAUAUAAUAACAAUCAAACUUGCUGUUCCUCCUCAACCAAUUCCAUAAUUUAUCAGACCAAACCAAAGCACCGUUGCUGUGGGCAUUACUACUACAACACGUCUCUGUGGAGCUGCUGUGCUGAACAUCUCAAACCAUCACCAAAGCCUAACAGCUCUCCAGCAGAAUACAGAAUUAAACCACUAAUGGACCUGAUCCCUGAAAUGUGCAAUAAGACAGUGUUAUUUGGCAAAGUGGAGAGUGUGGCACUUGAAAAUGAUCUGCGUCAUGUGGUGUUGAAAGUUGUGUGGCAAGUCGAUAUGAAAUCUGAAAAUGUCAUCAAAGACCCUUGGCUUCAUGUGUCCCUGGAUCACUGCAACUCUCCUACCACAGACAAUGGCAUGACCUACCUUUGGGAGGAAAACCACAAUGGGAAGUACAAGCUUCUCUCUCACCCUGUUGACCUAACAUCUGACAUUUACAUGUUCUAUUCUGUAUGUUACCAAAAGAAGGGAUAGAAAUAUGGAUUGAAGUCUAUUUCCCAUCAUUUCAAAGCAUGCAGGUUGUCAUAAGAUUUCUGAUCAUUUCAAUCCAUCAUUAAUGAUAAAUUACAAAAGAGACAAGUCUCUGUUACUAUGCAUAGCAUUACUGCAUCACAUGUUGUACAUCUGUGCCUUUUACCUCAUUGGAUAUUGUUAUUUAAUCUCAAUAAUGGAUUGAUCCAGAUUGGAGUGAUGCAUUACUGUAUUUAUUCAGUGAGGUAACUUUAAGCUUUGUUAAUGUGAAAAAAAGGAAAUAGAAUCAAAAAAGAAAACAUUCUUCCAUUUUAAUUUUGAGUUAUUUCUUAUCUAAAUUGCUGGCAAUAGUUUAAGUUGCACUGCAUGAAUGUUUUUGUAAUCGUACUUUGUUUUAUCAAUCUCAGGUAUAUGGUAUAUAUCAAUCUCAACUAUUUGAUGGGUUCAGGGACCUUCAUGUACUAAGCUCAAAGGUGCUUCAAAAGCAAUUAAUGGCUUUUAUACUAAUCCUUGAGAAGACAGAGGUUAUUUCAUUUAUAUAGUCAGUCAGAAAUCACUGUGUUAAAAUGAAAUUUUAUCUGUCUCUCUAAUACUAAUAUCGGGAGUUUUAAACGUCUCCAAAUUUCAUACUGUUCAAUUUCUGUCUCAGCUGUAAACAACUGUGAAUACACUUUUCAUGUUAAAUGUUGUGUGGAGAUAAUUUACUCAUUCAAGCUGUGUAAAGGUAUUGCAGAUAUGGAUUUUUUUUAAAAAUAUAUAUAUAUAAAUAUA